CAGAUUUUCCGGGGCAAAAGUCAAAACAGUAAAUUUGUAAACAAUUUACAAAAACAAUACACAUUGACUGAAAAGUGAAAAGUUGAAAACUGUAUUUUGUUUUCGGCGAUUUUUACAUUGGUGAUGUAUUAAUAUACUCAGUGAUUACUGUUUACAUUUAAAACCGAAUCUCGGUAGCCAAAGCAUGGCUGGAAAAAGAUAUUUUGAGAAUCAGUUUGAUGAUUUCUCCUCAAAUUCAACAUAUGAUUUCUUUAGACAAUCUGAAGAUGGUAUUUCAGAAAAAUUUUCUACUAAGUUAAAAAAUUAUAAAAGUGAAAAACUAUCAAAUUUAGUUUGCAAGCCAGGGAAGGAGAUAUUCCACCAUGAUGGGACUGUUUACACAGGUUCUACAGGAUUGGCAUACUAUUAUUUAAUGUCUUCAUUAUCUAAGGAUGAGGGAUGCAAUGAGAAUUUACUGAAUGCAUUAAAAUAUAUUGACUUAAAUAGUUUAAAAGGAAGGCGAAUAAGUUUCUUAUGUGGUGACGCCGGUCCCUUAGCAAUAGCUACUGUGAUUUCUUUUAAACUUGGGAUAUCACGUCCAGAUACUUUGCCCGAGUAUGGAACCAUAGCACAGAGUCCUCUUUUGUGGCAAUGGCACGAAAAAGUCUAUUUGGGAGCAGCACAUGGUGUUGCUGGAAUAUUGUACCUUCUAUUGCUGACACGUGCAUACAUUGAUGUGAAAGACAUACAAGAUUUAAUAAAACCAGCAGUAGAUUGGCUUCUGAACCAACAAUUCCCAAGUGGAAAUUAUCCAUCAUCUUUAGGAAGUAGCUCUGGUGAUAAAUUAGUACAAUGGUGUCAUGGCGCGCCCGGAUUUGUACCUCUGUGCUUAUUGGCUUAUCAGGUAUUUGAGCAAGAAAAAUAUUUAAAAAUUGCCAUUGAGUGUGGAGAAGUAAUCUGGCAAAGGGGAUUAUGUACAAAAGGAUACAGCCUAUGUCAUGGAGUGAGUGGCAAUGCUUAUGCAUUCCUACAACUUUAUCAAGCCACAAAGAAAAAACUGUACAUACAUAGAGCUUGUUGCUUUAUGGAGUGGUGUAUUCUGGAACACCCUGGAACUGAGCAGCAUCCGCCGGAUAGACCUGCAUCUUUGUUUGAAGGUGUGAUUGGACCUAUAUGCUUGGCUGAAGCUAUAAUGCACCCCUUACAGUCCAAAUUCCCAGCAUUUUGUUUGUAGAAGUGCUUUUUUAUUAUAACUACUUGGUACAUUUUUGUAAUUGGAAUACAAAUAUGUAUUUUUAACUGUUUAUUAAUUGAUUGUUAAUUAAAUUAUUAUUGUUGUAAACUGAAAAAAAAUAAGAAGUUUAUUAUUAUCAAAACGAUCAAGUUUGCUAAUACAUUUUGUAAAAUAUAUAAUGUAUAGGCGUGAUUAAAUAUUUUCGGGAUUUCGUCGCAAUUUAAUUAGGUAUUUGAAUCUAAAUAAAAAAAAAAUUCAAAGAGCAA